ACAGCCACGCAUGUGCAGAGAGCCUUCUUUUGGUGGUGACAAGGUCUUGGGUUGACCUACGUUUGGAAGAAGAAGAUGGCGGUGACGACUCAGUUUGGACUCAAGGUCCGUUACUUCAGCACGACAGUGGUCAAGCCAGUGAGCAAACUGGUCAUGCCGCCUAUUCAAGUUUAUGGAGUCGAAGGAAGAUAUGCCACAGCUUUGUACUCUGCUGCCAGCAAGCAGAAGAAACUAGACCAAGUGGAACAGGAACUAAACAAGAUUGUUUCAUUAAUGAAAGAUCCCAAGUUUUAUGGAGUGGUCACCAAUCCUCACAUUAAGCGCAACAUCAAGCAAAAAACUGUGAAUGAUGUCCUGUCGAAACAGAAAGUGUCCCCAACCAUGCUCAACUUUAUCAAUCUGUUAGCUGAGAAUGGACGGCUGCGCCAGACUCCUGAUGUUGCUUCUGCUUUUAGCAAGAUCAUGAGCGCACAUCGUGGGGAGGUACUCUGCUCAGUGACUACUGCUCAGCCCCUGGAUGAAACAAAUCUUUCAGAGCUAAAAUCUGCUCUCAGUGGUUUUCUGAAAAAAAGUGAAACUCUGAAAUUGGAGACAAAGACUGAUCCUUCAGUCCUGGGUGGAAUGAUCGUCAGCAUUGGUGAUAAGUAUGUUGAUAUGUCCACAAAAAGUAAGAUUCAGAAGCUCAGCAGACUAAUAAAUGAAGCUAUAUAAUAGCAUCACCCAAACCUGUGUAACUUCCUUUGGAUUUUACUGUAAAUCUGUUCAACUAAAUGUACAGUGAUCACUGUCCUUGAGAUUUACGUUCAUUAGUGUAUAGAAGAUUUAAUAAAAUAAUCUUCCAUUUAAA